CCCCGACGAACGACACCGGCCGCCCUCAUAUGGAUCCAAAAAUAUCAUCAUCGGAGAGGCUUCGCCUUAUAUAUACAGGUCUGCUGUUGGAGCGGUGAGACCUCACGGCGAGCAGCCUUCUUCUUGCGGCUACGUCCGUCCGCGUGGCAAGCUGAGGAACGACAGCAAGAGGAAUGGCUUCCUCCGUGAUGGUCUCCUCCGCCGCCGCCGUCGUCUCCCGGGCUUCACCGGCUCAAUCCAGCAUGGUCGCGCCCUUCACCGGCCUCAAGUCCACCUCCGCCUUCCCGGUCACCAGGAAGGCCAACGCUGACCUCUCGCACCUCCCCAGCAACGGUGGCAGAGUCCAGUGCAUGAAGGUGUGGCCGAUCGAGGGCAAGAAGAAGUUCGAGACCCUCUCCUACCUUCCUACGCUGGUGGACGAGGUCUUGCUCAAGCAGAUCGAGUACCUUCUCCGCUCCAAAUGGAUUCCCUGCUUGGAGUUCAGCCAUCAUGCCCGCAUGCAUUCUCACGAAUACCGGUUGGGCGUGAUGGGGGAGGGGACUGAACUCGACGGUGACCUUCAACAGGAGGGGUUCGUGUGGCGUGAGAACCACCGGUCGCCGGGGUACUACGACGGGCGCUACUGGACCAUGUGGAAGCUGCCCAUGUUCGGGUGCACCGACGCGACGCAGGUGGCGAAAGAGCUGGAGGAGUGCAAGAAGGAGUACCCCAGGGCCUUCGUCGGCAUCAUCGGCUUCGACAACAACCGCCAAGUGCAGUGCAUCAGUUUCAUCGCACACAAGCCCGAUGGCUACUAGUAGGCAGCGUGGUGGUCGGCGCCUCCUUGCUUUUGCCUCGUCGUUCCCUCCAUUUGCCUUCUUCCCACACAUCAAAUAAGGUUGUCCGACUUUUGUUUGGUGAAGACAACCCUCGUAAUAAUCAUUUUAUCUAUGUACACAUACAGAGACGCGACCGGAGUUGAAGAUGUAUUUGCUCACGGUCCAUCUAAAAGCUUAAAUGCUUCCAAAAUAUGUUUGCAGGCAGAGCUGCAUCCUGGCUGAA